AUGCGCGGGGGAGAAAGCUGGCGCUCGCGCGCGCCCUGUCAUCGACGCGCCACCACCGCGCCACCAUGCCGCCGGUCAUCUUCGGGCUACCGCGGCGUCCGCAAGCGCCCCUCCGGCUUGUACUACGCUGAGAUCCGGUCCGGCGACGUCCGCCUCGGCCUUGGCACGUUCGAGACCCCGCACGAGGCCGCCCACGCGUACGACGCGGCAGCGUGGCGCCUAGAGAGGCCUCGCUCGCAGAUGAACUUCCGCGAUGUCUACACGCGCGAGCAGGCACAGGCCGUCGCCCCUCCUCCUCGUCUUAUCACGGACCUGGACCAUGCGGAGCACCGUCGACGGCAGCGCCGCCUCCUCAUCGCCAAGGAGGACGAGCGAGCCAUGGCGGAGUGGCGCCGGCGCCACCCGGAGGACGUCGCCAACGAGCGCGCCUUCUGGGCGGAGAGGACGGCAAGGCGUCGCGCGGAGCGGGCGGACCGGUGUCGGCGGAAGGCACUGGCUAUAUCGCAGUGCGAUCUCGUCAACGCCGGUGGGAAGUCGUUCUUCACGUCAGAUGAUGAACGUUGGGAUGACGUGUGGAUCUCUACCUCGGACAACACCGACGAGAGUGAUGAUGAGGACGACUCGGAGUAG